UGGCAUACGCCCCUUAAGCCUCUGAGAAGGAUGCCCAAAUCUUCAUCUCUGUCCUUGGCCAUGCGGCCGAAAGGAGGGAAAGAAACCGACGCAGCUCCUAUAAGUCCUCGAAGCCCCGGUUCUCCCCGGUUGGAUUAUCGUGAUGCGGAAAUAGGGUCGCCCAUGUCACCGUACAACAACAACGUGCCGCAGUCACCAGCAUCCCCCAGAGUACGCAAGGAAUCCAAAGGCAUAUUCGGUAACUUUGGUGCAACAAAAUCGUCGACACGGAUAGCCUCUCCUGAGAAUUCCAUAAGACCGGUUCGCGACCAAGAGAAGGCACAUACACCGUAUACGAAUGGGAGUCGUAGUGGUUCCACACCGGACCUGGGCCGGCCUGUCCAGACGCCCAAUUCUGAAGGUACCGAGACACGUGGCUUGGCUUGGGGUAUCGCACUGACUAGGGCAGACAAUCGAUCCGAAAUCGCGGAGGUUGAUCGACCGACCAAUAGCGGCUCCGGAAAGUCCACCGAGACGAGAGAUUUCAGCAGCGUGGAGUCUGGCUCCAAACGUGGUCAAAAGCUCAAGAAACAGGGCGGACUUCCGAGAUCGAACUCCAUCAAAAUAGAAGAUGAUUCCAAGAGCAAGGCAAAGCUCAAAGCGAAUCCUCCCAAGAUCUCCCCUGACCCGUCAGCUACAUGGUCCGGAUACGGCGAGGGAGCACCUUUAAGAACUGCGCCCUUGGAGAAGGGACAGUCAUGGCGGCAGAACAUAUCCUUUGGGAAGUUACGGACCCACUCUGCUGAUCGACACGACGGCUCUCAUCACACGCAUCGUGACGACGAUGCAUCUUCGCGGAAAGAGAAAGCAGAGCAGAGCUCGCUUGCCUCUGGGUCUUAUAACGAGAGCAGAGGGGCUACGCUCAUGUCUAGUCUUGGGUCCGGCGCCCGCAAAAUGGGAGAAAAGAUGGACUCGGCGCGUAAAGGCAUGUUUGGAAAGUUGGGUCGCAGCUCCAGUACCCAUGACAGAGACCUUCAAAUCCCGAAAGAGCCGUACCAGUUUAAGAUCAUUCAUCUCGGCUUGGUUGAACAAACCCGCCUGACCAGGAUAUCAAGUCGACUGGAGAAUUCCAAGGACAAGACUGAAUUCUGGAUGCCCGCGCUUCCAUGGCGAUGUAUUGACUACUUGAACAUGAAGGGGACCGAGGAGGAGGGUCUCUAUCGCGUUCCGGGAGCCGCCCAUACCAUCAAGUAUUACGAGCAGAAGUUCGACCAAGACCGCGAUGUCGACCUGAUUGCAGAUGAGAAUCUUAAUGAUCCCAACGUCAUCGGCUCGCUGUUCAAGAAUUGGCUGCGCCAGCUUCCGGACGAGAUAUUCCCGAAAGCCAUCCAAGCAAAGAUCCAGCAGGAGUGCCAGGGGGCCAAGAGUGCCCCCCAGAUGCUGAAGGACGAGCUCUCGAAGCUACCGCCUUUCAACUAUUACCUCCUCUUUGCCAUCACGUGCCAUAUCAGUCUUCUUCACUCGUGCUCAGAGCUCAACAAGAUGAACUAUAACAAUCUGUGCAUAUGCUUCCAGCCCGCCAUCAAGAUUGACGCCUUCUGCUUCCAGUUUCUGAUCUUGGACUGGAGAAACUGCUGGCAGGGUUGCUGGACGGAAAAGGAGUAUUUGGCCGAGGAGUUGAAGUAUUUGGAAGCUCAGGAAGCCCAAGCCGCGAUCGCCAACGGCCAGGCUCCACAAGCCCCUGGAAAGCCCAAAGGCUCGCAAGCGUCGGCAGGGCAUGUCGGUGAGGGAUCAAAGGCUACCUCAUGGCGAAGCGACUCGGCAGAUCGCAUCAAACACUCAAGGCGAGGCACGUCGGCUGAUGCAGCCGCUGCCUCGUCUGGUCGCGCCGCGGCCACAAACGCAUCCAUGUAUGCGUCGGACAUGUCAGCCAUGUCUCGAAGCGGAGCUGCAACGGAGCCAGAUAGAUCUGCCGAUCGGGCGCUUUCUUCGGCGGACGGCCGCGAGCCAUUCCAUGUCCAGGCGACACCGCAUCGUGGACCCGCAUCGGUGCACACAGAGUCGUUGGCAGAGGAGGACGACAGCGGCGCAACACCGACGCAGGCUCAGCAUGCUCGAGGGCCAUCCGAGACACAAUUUCGCCUGGACUUGAGCAACCCGCCCACCUCUCCAUUCUCUUUGAAGUUUUGAUUGACCCUCGUCGUUUGCACUACCACCUGCUUUGCAGUGGUUCAGCAAAUGCAGAGAGGGCGAUAAACGUUGAACCUUUGGAUUUUCAUUUUCUGAUUUGCAUGCUUGGUUCACUUUUCUGUUCAGGGAGUCGCGAUACCCGUCCGUUCGUCUGCUACGUUUCUGGUGGCGGUUCUCUUGCUUGAGGGGUUGUGUCAAGGAAGGUUGAUCCAGCGGUAGAGUUUCUGCUUACACUUGUCAGCCAUAGCUGGAGCAAUGCGGGUAUCGGUUUUUGUACGAUAGCAAGCACAGAUAGUCUUUUUUCCAUUGAGGCAGAGGACAUUGUGCGCUGUGGCAUGCAUAGAACCCGAAAGGACUUUGGUGAAUAAAUGUAUGGC